AUGAAAAGGAAUAGAAUUCUUUUGAUUUUGGAUCAUCCUAAUGAGUAAACGUAUGACCAUUUACAAAUUGAAAUUAACUGUUAAGUAAUUGAAUCGAGAACUGAAUUACUAUAUAUAAUAAAAGCAAAAAGCCUUAAAUGCUAAAUAGGCGAAUAUUAUGUAAAUGGUAGAUGUUAGACUUGUGAGUCAAAAUUCGGAUAUUAUUCAGUGAAAUACAAUGCUACAAAAUGCGUGAUUUUUGAUAAAGAAAAAUAUUCUGAUAUCACCUCGAACAUGAUAAAAAUGCACCAGGAUUUUGGAGACCAAAUAAUUUAUCAGAUUAUGUUGAGCCUUGUUUUAAGAAUCAUUAAUUUUGCAAUUGAGGUUGGAAGGUGGGUGAUUAUACAUGUAAAGAAGUUCAUAUUGGUGCUUUGUGUGAAGAAUGUGAUAUUUAUAAUAUUAGGGGAUUUGGUAAGUAUGUUAAAAAUUAAUGGAAUUUAUAAUGUCUAUAAUAUAAUCUCAUUUAUUAUUGCCAUUUGGGCUUUUGCAUCUAUAUUUUUGUCUUUAAAAAGUAUACAUUCCUUUAACUUAUUAUAUGUAUAAUUAAUGAUAGGUCAAAGAUAUAAAAAGUUAUUGUUUAAAUUAAACUAAAAUCAUGAAAGUAUUUUGAUAAAAAUGCUAUUAAAUUACUUAUGGAUAUUUUCUGUGAUAUUUACAUUUAACUUAGACUUUUCUUUCUCUUUUCUCUUUAUUGAACAAACCAGUGAUAGUUCUUAUUUUAUGUCUUAGGAUUUGGAUUUGCUUUGUAUCCUCUAUUUAAUCGAUACCAAAUGUAUAUCUGAAAAUAUUGACAAUGAUAAUUUUGAUUGUGAUGUAAUUUAAUAUGACAAUUAUUCGAUCGUAUUUGUAUUUACUAUAUCUUAAACAAAAAUAUGA